AUGGCGCAAGCUGCAGCUGGCGAUGGCGCAACGUCAGCGAAGUACUCUGAGACCAUGCAGAAGCAAAUGGGAAGCAGCCUCGUGUACAAGCACGAGGAUGGCAUGAAUUACGCCAAGUGCUUCGAACGGAUCUACAUUGGCUCGUGUCUUCAGACCGCGGCCGAUGUUGACACGCUGAAGAAAGAAGGUGUGGGCAUUGUCUUUUGCUUGCAGGAAGACAAGGACAUGGCCCACUUCAACAUUGACCUUGCCCCGAUACUUGCCCGGGCAAAAGAGGUGGAUAUCUUGCAUGUGAGGCACCCAAUCAAAGACUUCGAUCCGCUAUCCCUUCGGAAGCAUCUUCCAGAUGCGGUUCGGCGGCUAAAUGCGGAGAUGCUGGCGAGACCGAAGGACGCUGCCUACAUACACUGCACGGCCGGUCUAGGCAGAGCCCCAGCAACUGCCUUGGCUUACAUGUUCAUGAUCGAGGGCAUGGACCUUGAUGACGCGUAUGCGCACCUGUACAAGAGUAGAAGAUGUCAUCCUCAGCUGAACAUGGUACGCGCGGCAGCUUGCGACCUUCUCGGCGGUGGCCUUGGUUCCGGGAAACUGAAGCUCUCCUGGACACUUCCAGAGGCGAAGUGCGUGGAGGUAGCUGGCCUGGACAUCGGUUGGCACGAGCGCGUGCCUAUGGUGAAAAAUGCAACCACGGGUGAGUUUGUCCUGGAGCGGGACACUCCACCAGGUGUUUACCAAUACAAGUUCAUUGUGGAUGGCAAGUGGAUGGCGAAUCCAGACCUGCCAUCUGUGACGGACAAUGGCAACGUCAACAACGUGGCGCGGGUGAACCCUGCGCCCGGCAGUGCUGACUCUGAGCGUCGCGAGCGGAUGAUGAAGAAAGGUGGCCGGCCCACCGAGGAGGAGUGGAAGCAGCUGCAGAGCAUGCUUGCUGUGCCGGCGGCGCCUGAGAGCAGUCAGAAAAGUGGAUACGCCGGCUGA